GUUGUGGUGCACAUGAGAGGAUAUUCCACUGGAGAAGAAACAGGGGAGAAUCUGUGUGUUUGUGUUGAGAUCUUCUCCAGGGAGCACAGGGGAUCCACACAAACAGCAGCUCGCAGCCUACUGAGUCACGGCCGUCAAGUUUCGGACAGAAAUCAGGUGCCGAAAAAAUGAUGCUGAGCCCAGACCAGCCGGACUCGGACCUGCCCUGGGGACAGUCGGACGCCGAGUCCGUGCUCAACGACAUGAAAGCGGGCUGCGUGUCGGACGAGCCCACGGAGGGCGACGGCAGGUCCCGCGCUCUGGCCCCGCAGCCUCUCAGCAGGGAGGAGAAGCGGCGCAGGCGGCGCGCCACCGCCAAGUACCGCUCGGCCCACGCCACGCGCGAGCGCAUCCGCGUGGAGGCCUUCAACGUGGCCUUCGCCGAGCUGAGGAAGCUGCUGCCCACGCUGCCUCCGGACAAGAAGCUGUCCAAGAUCGAGAUUCUGCGCCUGGCCAUUUGCUACAUAUCCUACCUGAACCACGUGCUGGACGUUUAAAAGCCGCUCGAGACGCGUGCUGCACGUCCACGGAGGGAGCGACACCGACAGGAGCCGUCUGGGGGACGUACAGGAAAAAUGAUGGAUGUCCGCAGUAAUUGACUGAAGGGAGCGAUGGUGACGAUGGCUCAGUGCCCUGUGGGAGGAUCAGCGACAGUGACGCAGUGCCGCCGGGGUACAACUUGUCUUGUCUUGCGUGUCCCCGGGCCGAGACUCUCCUGGACA